GCCUGCAGUCAUGAUGCGGCAGCUGGAGCUCGCUGCCCUGGGCCUGGCCUUCACCGGGUGGAUCUGUGCCAUCCUGACCCGCUGCCUGGCCCUGUGGAAGGUGAGCGGCACCCUGGACAACAACACGGCCACCCUGCCGGCCUACUGGGACGGGGUGUGGCUGGAAUGGGACCACUGGGACCUGGCCCACGAUGGCAGCCUGCACUGCUCGUUCUACCAGUCUCUCAUGUCUCUCUCUGGAAGCUUUCGGACGUGGAGGGCCCUCAUCAUGGCAGCCGUCGGGGCCGGGGCCUUUGCUGUGGGGAUCAGUGCAGUGGGGGCGGUGUGGUUCCCCCAGCGUAACCAGGUCAAAGUGGUUUCUGGAAGUCUCUUUGUUUUGUCUGGAAUCCUGCUGCUGGUUCCCACAGCCUGGACGGCCCAUCACACCAGUCAGCCACUGGAUGGCGCUGAGAUGCUGAGGAGAGACUGGGGACCGGCCCUGUACCUGGGAUGGAUCUCUGUGGCUCUGAUGCUGGUGGGAGGGGGGUUCCUCACCACCAGGUGCCCCACCAGGGAGAGUCCGACCCAGCCGCCUAAAGAGGGCAGGUACCCGACUGUGGAGGAUGAGAGCAGUCACCCUCUGAGCAGGAUCAACAGAACUACGUUCACCAACAGCCAGUACGAGCGCAGGUCAGAGCCCAUCUGAGGGACUGGAGCGGAACGAGAGAGAGCGAAGGAUUCAACUGGAGAAUCGUUAAUAACUGGGACGACUGGGGGUCGAUUUAACAGCAGAGGUCAAACUCCAGCUGCACAUGUUAGGUAAAGAAACACUGGUUUAAAAUAAGAAGGAAUUCAACACUAGAAAAGCACAAGGUUGUGGGUCAUUGUGCUAUUUAACUAGGUUUAGUCAUAGAGGUGUGGAUGGGAUUUUAAAUAAGAAUUGUGUUUCUUUAAUGCUAACACACUGAAUAUACCACAAACACAUGUUUUACACACAAUCCUCAUUUAUCCCUAAAACAUAAUUUCCCUGUGACUUGAUACUCGUGAGUUUUGAUGAAGUUACUGAAUCUCAUGAAACUGUGCGACACUGACCAGCGCCCUCGAUGCUUCUAAUAUAAUGUGAUGCCUUAAAAGUGAGUGAGUUCAUACUGAUCUGAGACCAGACACUGUACUGCACCGGAUUAAGAGUCAUGAGGUUUCACAUUUGUUUGGUUUAUUGUUGAGUGAAAAAAAACAUGUUGGGAUGAGGACGGAAUAAAACACUGAAAGGA